AAUUGCAGUACAUACCGAUAUCGUAUCAUCAAUGAUAAAUUGCGUAAUAUGACGAUAGCUUGGAGAUGUCCCUUUUAAUAGACCCGUAAGCGGGAUCAGCUUCAGUUUCUCUCGAUACGACGAAUAUGAAGCAUCACCUCUCUAGUCUGUUGUUCGUUCUGUGCGUCUUGUGCAUCGCGAAGCAGUCGGAAUGUUACAAGAUUCUUGCCAUCGUUCCGACACCAUCCUACAGUCAUCAAAUACCGUACCGACGAUUAUGGCUAGAACUACACAAACGAGGUCACGAAGUUGUGCUAGCCACGUCGGACCCUAUACCAAAUAUCAAAUCACCGAAUUUUACGCAAAUCGAUAUUAGCCAGUCUUACGGAAUCAUAAAGAAAUUAGAUUUUGUUCAAAUGCGGUUUGAGGGAAAACGCUGGGCCUAUUUUGUCGAAGAAGAAAUGUUGCCUAUGACCAAAGUUUUUGCAGAAACUGUGUUCAAUUCUACAGAACUGCGGAAGCUGUAUGCUCCAGACAGCAACGCAACGUUCGACGUCUUCCUGACGGAGUUCCUAUACCUGCCAUCCACUUGCGCUUUCGCACAUCGAUUCAAUAUUCCAAUAAUAGGGUUAAGUUCAUUAGGAUUGGUUGGCUUUAACGAACACGCUCUUGGUGGAUUGAUCCUACCGUCUCACGAGUACACGUGGGAAAUGGAAGACAACACGGGUACGAAUCUAUCGUUCUUCAAGAGACUGUGUAAUUUCGUCACCAUGUGGCGUACCAUCUACUACAUCUAUCAUGAGAUGGUUCCACACCAUCAGAAAUUGGCAGAGGAAUAUUUUGGGCCUCUGCCACCAUUGCUGGACUUAUUGAAGAACGUUAGCAUGCUUUUCAUCAAUCAGGCAGACGUUAUGACACCGGCUCGACCGAAACUUGCGAACAUGAUCACGUUUACGGCUUCCCACAUAGACAAAAUUCCGAAAGCUCUGCCUAAGGACUUACAAGCAUUUCUGGAUGGUGCUACAAAUGGGUUCAUCUACUUCAGUCUUGGUAGUAACGCAAAAAGUGCAAAUUUACCACUGGAGAUCCGACGCAUGUUCUGCGAUGUGUUCGCCAAGUUACCGUACAGAGUUGUCUGGAAAUUCGAGGAGGAUUUUCCCGGGAAACCUGAUAAUGUUUACAUCGGAAAAUGGCUACCACAACAGAGCAUUCUCGCUCAUCCGAACAUUAAGCUGUUCAUUUAUCAAGGAGGUCUGCAGAGCAGCGAGGAGACCGUCCACUACGGAGUACCAGUUCUUGGUUUUGCAAUUUUGGCCGAUCAAGAUUAUCAAGUAGCCAGAAUGGAAGCUUUGGGCAUUGGCAAAUAUUUGGAAAUUACAACCCUUAAGAAAGAUGAACUUGAAGAUGCUAUUACAGAGCUUAUAACUAACAAAAAGUACAAAGAAAGGAUACUUUACAUCCGAAAUGUCGUUCGGGAUACACCGUACGACCCGGUAAAGAAUCUCGCUUGGUGGACAGAGUACGUGGUACGAACGAAAGGCGCCCCUCAUUUUCGCAGUAGUCUAGCUUUUCAGCCUUGGUACCAACGUUGCGAUAUGGACAUUGUAGUGUUCUUAACGAUCGUACUUUUCUUGAUCGCUUCUACUACCUUUCAUUUAAUAGCCAAGAUUCUCGUCUACAUUCGUAAGAAAAUGAAAUCAACCGAAAAGCAAAAGACAAGCUAAGUAUUUAUGACGCAAUUAAUUGAAAAGAGGUACUUAUAGCACAAUUCAGUCCAAGUGACGCAAUUGUUCAACAUCUCAUUUCAACAAAUGAAUUUUAUCUAGUUUCGUUAUGGAAAUGAUCAUCUCGCGUUUUGUAAUUGGCGAGUUACUCUGGUCACAAGACUAACGAUUCUGGCACGAAAAAUCUCUGAAAUAUAAAAAAGUUCGAUUAAAAUCGAAAUCCCAUUUAUACAUUGUUAACCUUUUGAUUGAGAUUUUUUGACGAAGCGUCAAGUUUAGUCUAAAUUAUCAUUAAUCGAUGAUAUCAUCGCUUUUCUGUCGGUGAAUGAGAUACCGCAAGCUGAAAUUGCAUUGAAAUCAUAGGCAUGUCAAAGUAUGGGGUGUUAAAGUAUUGAUAUAUGUAGAUAUAUUUAUACAUAUAUCUUGCGUUCCUGAAGUUGUUUCGUUUAUUUCCUAAUUUACUAUUUUUAAUUGUAACGCGUCUUCCGUUAUCGGGAACGAAAACGAAAUACUUUAUACCUUCUAUUACAAGGGAUCCAUCAGUAUUGCUGGCAAUGUGUUAAUCAUCUGAUUAUCGGAUUGUCUCUGUUCUUCGCGAAGAUAUCUCAGUUUAGGCAAUAAAAGUCUACACAUACUGUUCCGUUAAGUGAAACAAAACGUCUAUGAUGAUUCAUAUUGGAAUUU